GUCAGAGAAGGGUUUUUAUCUCAACUGGAUAUUUUAAGCUAGAAUUUAUAGUAUGGAUAGAGAUAUAGAUCAACUAAAUUCGGCUUUAAAUGCCGUAAAAGUUUUAAGAUCUAAUGUGAGAAGCGUCUUCGAGUCAGUUAGUAAUGGCCUAAGAGCAGAUCAUGGAGAUGAAGGAAAGGAAACAAAAUUUAUUUAUGAACUUCAGGAGCUUUUAACGACUGUGAAUAAUAAUUUAAGGGAUGUAGAAAAUGCAGUAGCAAAUUUGACACCACCUCCUGGAGCUUUUAGCUUAGGAAAUACCACAUACCUUAGCCAAGAGACAACUCAAGAAAGACAAGCUUUGUAUGGACAACUUGUAAAUAGUUACAAAUGGACUGAUAAAAUUCGGGAGUAUAGUGCAGUGGCAGGAAACAUCCUAGCAGCCAAUUCUUUCAAUAAGACAUACAAAACUUAUAGUACUGCCAAAAGAAGAAAAACACAGACAAGUCAACAUAAUGUAUUGCCAGAGGUAAUAGAGAAUUUAAUAACAAGCAUUGACAGACUCUUUCCUGAUGUGACUUUUACAACUAAUAGGCCAAUGGUACCAAAUCCUGUGAUUCAAGUGUCGCUAGGAAGAGUUCUCAAAGCAAUUAUUGCAUUCAAAGGUUUAAUGAUUGAGUGGGUUGUAGUAAAAGCUCACGCAGAAUCAAAUGACCUUUGGACAGAAUCUCGCUACAAGGUCUUUAGGAAAGUAACUGAGAAUUGCCACGCUGCAAUGUGCCAUUUCCAUUCUCCUUUGAUGCCGGAAUUAGCCAUAAGGUCUUUCAUGCAUUGGUUUCACAGCUACAUAACACUAUUUAAUGCUCCGUGUAAACGAUGUAGCAGUCAUCUAAACAAUAACUUGCCGCCUACAUGGAGAGAUCUAAGAAGUUUAGAACCAUAUCAUGAAGAAUGUAAAUAAUAGAUUAAGAUUAGUAUUUAGUGUCUUUUAUAUUUAUAUUUAUUUACAAAUAAAGUAUUUGACUGUC